AUGUCUACAAAGUCUAUUAUGCUUGAUAAGAAUGAGGAGGUUGAGACAGACGUCACUCAUGAUGACCAGAAGAUGAUCAAUACAUUUGGUAGACUGAACAACAGGAAGCAUGAGAUACUUAGACAGAAGAAAUACUUGCAGGAGGACUUGGAGAAAGCAAGAGACGCUCAAGAUGAUAUAUUUAUAGAGACAGACGAUGAAACUAAAUACAAGUAUUUGAUGGGAGAGGCUUAUUUGGAGACGGAGAAGACAGAGACAGAGGAAUUGCUAGACAACUACAUCAACAAACUCGAGGCUGACAUUGCCAAGAUCGACACAGAGUUGGAGGAGAUUGCCGAUGCUCACAAGGAGUUAAAGGUACUACUAUACGCGAGAUUCAAGUCAUCAAUCAACUUGGAAGAGUAA